AAUUGUCGAUUAGUGCUCACACAGUUAGAGUACCUCUUUCAGUUGGCGCCCGGAGUUAGCACGGGAUUUCACAGCUGACAAUAAGACUAAGACCGGAACGCUGCAACAGCGGCAAUGAGACAUUUAUAUCAAAUCGGAGUGGUGCUUUUGCUGGGUAUAUUGUCUGGUCAGCUUAAGGCGGAAGAUUUGGAAAGUUAUGGCUGUUCUCAACAUGCAUUUACUGUAUGUCAUCCUAAUGCAAUAUGUACUGACAUAGACGAAACAAAUUUCACUUGUACGUGCAAGGAAGGUUAUGAGGGGGAUGGUUUGCUAGCUGGUCAAGGAUGUGGACCAAAACUAUGUACGCAAGAUAGUGAUUGCCACACUAAUGCAUUCUGUAAUGAUGAAAAGAUGUGUGAAUGCAACAAAGGUUACGAGGGAGAGCCAAAUUUACUCUGCACAGAUAUCGACGAAUGUUUAAUGAACUUGUGUCAUCAAAAUGCAACUUGUAAUAACACAGAGGGGUCAUUUGUGUGCAGAUGCAGGACUGACCUACAUUUCUAUGGAAACGGGACACACUGUAGUCAUUCAUGUGAAAACGACAACCAUUGCGAGACAAGAACUGAAGUCUGUGAUAUCCCUACAGGGCUUUGUAAAUGUAAACCGGGUUUCAUUGAUACACCACAGAAUUGUCAAAACAUAAAUGAAUGUGAGGACGGAACACAUGAUUGUUCUGAAUAUGCGGAAUGCACGGAUACUCCUGGAGGAUAUGUUUGCACGUGUUUCAAUGGCUACAAGGGAGACGGCAAAUCUUGUGAAAAAUUACCAAUAAACUGCCACGAAGUUCGUAUCAUGUUUCCGAAAGCCUCAUCUGGCCGGUAUACAAUAGAUCCUGAUGGUACGGACGUUCUUGGACCAAUCAAUGUGUACUGUGAACUAAGAGUUGACUUUGGGAUAACGAAACUGAAAAUUUUAAACCCCAACAACUGGAUCAAAGGAAACACAAAGGACAUUACAUACAGAUAUGAACAAACUCUUGAGGAAAUUAAGGCUGUUAUAGAAUCAUCUCAGUAUUGUUUCCAGAAACAGAGUAACAAAUGCUACAAAGGCGCACCGUUUAUGGACGCCUUCAAUGAUUGGUGGGAAGAUGGGAACGGGGAUAUUCAGUACAACUGGGGUGGUUCAACCGAAACUAACAACUGUCUAUGCGGACAGUUUGAUGUAUGUGAUACAGCGAGUUCUAACUGUAACUGUGACGGCACCACUUUAACAAAACAGGAUGAGGGAAAAGUAACUAAUAAAACAUUACUGCCUAUACAGCACGUGCACUCAGAACCCGGAGUAGGUCGAAGUCUUGUAAAACUAGGAGAUAUUUUUUGCGCCAACAGAACAUUUGAUAUUCCACUGGAUUGUAAUGAUGCCAAAUGGAACUACAGAAUCAAUAAAGAUGGGGUUGUUCUCGUUGAUUUUGAUGGGCCAGAUGGUGGACUUGAACCGUAUCCCGUUUUAUGUGACAUGGAAACGUACAAACACGUGGGCGUGACAGUGAUAAAAGUUAAAGGGUCAAGCUCGUUCAGUGGGCAGGGGACACACCAGUUGAAAUAUACUUCUAGCGAUGAACAUAUUAUGGCUUUGAUCGAAAAUUCGAAAUUUUGCUCCCAGGACAGCCAGUAUGACUGCAAGAAUUCUCAAUUCCUGUUCCGUGACGGUGAAUGGAAAGGUUACGUAACUGAUUUACGUGAUCAAAGGCUGGAACAUGGUCCAGGCGGUAUGGGCAUUUCAGGAUCAUGUGGCUGUGGUGUUUUAAGUGUAUGUGCCAACGAAGCCGACAAGUGCAACUGUGAUUUAAAAGAUGGACAGAACAGAACAGAUCGCGGGAAAGAAACCAACAAAGAUUUCCUCCCAUUUGCCAAAGUAACACUGAAUGACGUAGGCGCUGGUAGCACCGGAAAGUUUAGCGUAGGCGCCUUGAUGUGCAGUCAAAGAGAGUUCGGAAUUCCAGGCACGUGUCAAAAUCUUGUAGAGGACGAUGAAACAGCGGUGUCCGAUGUUUACUUGAUUGAUCCAGAUGGUGCCAUUAACUACGACAACCCAAAAGAUAAUCAACCACCUUUCCCAGUAUACUGCGAGGUUAAAGAGGGGCCACGGUACGGUGUUACAAUUGUAUACCACUCAGAAAGGACCGAGUUCGCAAUUUCUGGAAGACUUGAACUUUUCUACCUUUGGGCUAACAGCAUACAACUUAAGGCUUUAACAGACCGGUCAACAACAUGUGUUCAACGAGUCGAGUACAGCUGCAAAAGCGCACCAAUUCACAAUCCUGAUAAUGGUGAAGCAUUAUUGGAGUUUUAUUCACAAUCAAAUGAUGCUCUAGCCUAUCUCCAGGGUGAGGUUGAACAAAACCCUUCAUGUGCAUGUGGUCUUGAUGUGCCUAACUCAUGUGCUGAUGACAGUUUUAACUGUAACUGUGAUAUUGCGGACAAUACAAACAGGACGGAUAACUGGAUGUUUAAAAACAAAGACCACUUGCCGGUUGCUGUAACUGAUUAUAACAACCAAGGAAAUGGAGAGGGAAAUCUAUUAGUAGGACCAUUGGAAUGUAGAGAACUGAAUCCGUCUUGUGCUGAUCUGGUGACACAUAAAAGUAAUUACAAACUGGUUCAUGAACAAAAGAUGCAAGAUGGAGAAUAUGUGAUAGAGCCUUUACCUAACAAGCCAUUUACUGUAAUAUGUACAGGGACACUAACAACUGUUCCAACAGAUAUAGAUGAUGGUGAUCCGACAGGAGGCAAGCCAGAUGAAGGAGUCAGUAAAUGUUAUAAUGUUCAAUAUAAAUCUGCUGAUAGAGUAUCUGAAGUAACCACAGAACAAGUCCAGGCCUUGGUUUCAGUGAGCAGAUUUUGUAGUCAGACAGCCAACCACCAAUGUGUAAAUGCUCCAGCAACUGAAAUGACAUCUUUUUCAACAUGUGGUGGUGAUCCACAGACAGGAUGGUUUGGAAGCGAUGGUGCAGAUAUGUGUAAAUGCGGAGUUGUGGGUGACUGUGAUGGCGGUACCGACGCUAAGUGCAAUUGUGAUGUCGUAGAUGGUGACAAACGUAAAGAUGGUGGCACAGUCGUAAAUACGACGCAGUUAGCUAUAUGUAAAUUUGUGUUUUUGAUCUGGUUUCCAUUUAAGUUUCACGGGCCCACUAGUGAUCACCAUUUUUGCUUUCUUAUUACGACAUUUUUCAAUUUGUUUUGCGACAGACUAAGAACUGGAUCGACUAAAUCUUGUCAAGAAUGGAGAAGACGAGGAAGAACAAAGUCUCAGGCAGAAAGUGUCCACAUUGUCAGUGGUGGUGUUGAUGAUGUUGCCACGGUUAUAUGUAGAUACUCAGUGGAACCUCCCUUUGGUGAACUUGUGAUCAAACCAAAAAAUUCAACGAUUCCCAUUCCUCCAGACGGUGGCACUGUUGUUAUAGAAUAUUUGAUAAACAAGUUCGAUAUUAUCCCGAAGUUGAUCGACCAAUCAUAUUUCUGCACCCAGGAACUUUACAUUGAGUGCAACAAUGCUACUUUUGACAUAGCAGUUGAUGGCUGGUACUCAAGGGAUGGCGUCCUUGAAAAAUAUUGGCCUGGUGGAGAUAUUGAAUUAGGUGGAUGUAAAGAUGGUGUAUGUAAAUGUAAUCUCGGAGGAAAUCAGGAAGAUGGUGGGAUUAUCAUUGAGUCGUGGAAACUUCCAGUACAAAAAGUGAAAUUUGGAUCUUCUGACGGAACAAGGACAGUAAAAGUUGGUCCAGUUGUUUGGAAGAUCAAGACCAUUCCACCAAAUAACAAAAAUGUGAAGAAUAACACGGAGCCUGGGAGUUAUACAGUGACACAGGAGUAUGUUGGGGCAACACCGGAACAAAUUCAUGGCUUACAAAAGACAUCAGACUUCUGCUUGCAGAGAAUAGACCUCACAUGUAAAAAUACUCCAAUUUAUGGCAGUAAUGUGAAUGCACCGAAGAGUUACUACGAGACGUACAGUGGUGUUUCACAAAGUUGGGGAACUGCUGGCUUUACAAAUGUGAAAGGAUGUGCAUGCCAUGUUUUAGAUACCUGUAAACAGGACGAUCUCAACUGUAAUUGUGAUUCAGAAGGAUCUAUGAAUGCCGACUUUGGGUUUGUAACAGAAGACCUUCCUAUCACAUUACUGGCAUUUGGAGGGCAAGGAGAUGAUUCAUAUGCCAUAUAUGAUGUGUCUGAUGUGAGAUGUGCUCCUAAACCAUUUGAUCUACCAAUAGAUUGCAAUGAUGCAUUCAAACGUGGAGAGAAAAGGUCCGGGACAUAUAUGAUACGACCAUCAACUAAUGUUCCGCCAUUUUUGGUCCAUUGUGACAUGGAAUAUCUUCCAAGUGGGGGUGUAGCGGUGAUAAAAACGGAUGUAGAGGAAGGAACAACUAUAGAGUAUGGUGGCAAUGUUAACGUAACAUAUUACGGCCCAACUUUUGAACAGAUAGUGGAAUUGGUUAGGGUCUCUAGUCACUGUUACCAGCCAGCCAAAUAUGAAUGUACCCAAACCAAGAUGGUCGUUGAUGGAGGUUACUAUUCAAUGUACGGAGGUAAAAAUCAAGCCGUGGAAAGAGACUAUUUUGGUUUUGGCAGAGAUCACAUCGGUGGAGAAUGUACUUGUGGUAGAGAAAACAGAUGUGGUGGAAGUGAACCAAAGAAUAUACAUUACAAUUUAAAGAGAGCGUGUAACUGUGAUGCUGCGGACAAUGAAUCAAGAGCAGACGCCGGAACAUUUACAAAGAAGGAUCAUCUGCCAGUACAAAGAAUGCACUUUGAUAAUCCAGGCACACCAAACCCUUCCGGGAUACUAUCUGUUGGCCCAGUUAUGUGCGGGCAAGAACCAUUUGAUAUUGACGAGUGUAAAUUGGGUUUCCACGACUGUCACGAGCAAGCCAGAUGUAUUAACCUGGAUAAUACCCAGAAUAAUGUCGGCUUCAAAUGUGAAUGUAAAAAGGGCUGGGAAGGUAUCGGUCGGGAGGGAUGGGCAAAUGGACGGAAUUGCUUGAACGACAAUGAAUGCGCCGAAGGAAUGAAUUCAUGCCCACUUUACGCUGACUGUAUUGACACCGAUGGUUCAUUUAACUGUGAAUGCCAGGAAGGUUUCGUACCUAAAGGAAGUGCCAAACGAAAAUGUAUUGACAUUGAUGAGUGUGCGUUGAACAUACACAAUUGUGAUGUCAAUGCGGACUGUAUUAAUAGACCAGGUACAUUUGACUGUCGAUGUAAAAAAAAUUUCAGAUGGAACGGAACCAAUUGCACAGCUAUGGGAGAGUGUUCCGUAUUUGGCGACCCACAUUUUGCAACAAUUGACGGAUAUUGGGGCAGCUAUCAGGGUUUGUGCGAAUAUGUGUUGUCUCGAGAUAAUUGCGGAGGAGGAACUCCUACAUUCCAGCUAACAGCCAAGUUCUAUCAGAAGUAUAAGACAUCUUUCGAUGCUUCUUGGAUAAAAUGGAUAGCAUUAACAAUCAAUGGUGAUAAAAUUGAAGUUCUGCCUGGAAACGAGGUCCGGGUUAACGGCCUGACAGUCAUCCCAACAUUCCUGACACCGGAACUACAAAUUAUUAGCUAUGGUGACCUUAUCGAAAUAAAAUCACUAAGUCAUGGAAUUGAAGUGGUUUAUGACAUAGAUGGUGCCGUCACGAUAUUAGUGCCAGGCAAUUAUGCCGGAAAAACUUGUGGAAUUUGUGGCAAUUAUAAUAAUGACCCCAAUGACGAUCCAACAGUUGGGCCAGCAUGUAUCACCGAGGGGAAUGUUACAGGUAAUGUUGCCGAAUUUGUUGAAUCCUGGGUAAAUCCAGAAGCUGAAGAUUGUUCAGCCAACUGUUCUGCUGAAGUAACUGAUCCAUGUGAGGGUGAAAUGAAAGCCAUGGCUGAAGUUCAGUGUAAUAGGAUUUAUGGCAAACACAAACAUUUCAAGGAAUGCCUUGAUGCCAUGGAUGACACAUUGAGAGAAAAUUAUCACAGCAGAUGUAUAUAUGACAUGUGUCGUAUAGAAGGAGAUCUAGAACAAGCUAUAUGUGCACAUGCCCGUCAUCUUGUUGCUGUAUGUUCGGCUGCUGUAGAUGUUGAGGUGAAGACUUUCAGAACAAAACAAUUCUGCUGGAUAGAAUGUGGUGAGACUAAAGACUACAAUCCUUGUGUGAGAGGUCCACCGAGAACAUGCGCUGACUACCUGCGUAACGUAACGGCUCCUUCAACACUGAACACAGAAUGCCGAGAAGGUUGUAUAUGUAAACCAGGCUACGUGUUAGAUGACCAGGAGUGUGUCGAGCCUGAGGAUUGUGGUUGUAUUUACAAUGACGACUAUUACCAGAAAGGUGAAGUUAUAACAACAGACAAUUGUCAACGUGUUGUCACAUGCGAGGGAGACAAUAUGUUGUCAAAUGUAGAUGAUAUAGAAUGUCAUGAGCAUGCUACAUGUACUAUAUAUGAAGGAAAAUAUGGCUGCCAUUGUAAGGAGGGUUACUAUGGAAAUGGAACAGUCUGUGUUGAAAAUCCAUGCCUACCAACGAGCCCGUGUAGGGAGAACGAGACGUGUGUAAACAACAUGAACGCAGUAGGUUACUAUCAGUGUGAGUGUAAUCCAGGAUAUGUUACAGAUUGCGGUAUCUGUAAAGAAUUGGAUGAGUGUGAGACAGAACUCAAUACAUGCCCAGUAAGAUCAGACUGUGUUAACACAGAUGGGUCGUUCGAAUGUAAAUGUAAACGGGGCUACGUCAUGUCCGGUGGUAAAUGUGACGACCUGAAUGAAUGUGACAUAGCCAAAGUACGAGGAAUAGAAUUAUGCACCAACAAUAGCGUAUGUGUAAACCGGAUCGGAACAUAUGAAUGUAAAUGUUGUGAUGGUUACGAGAAGAAUGCUGACAAUGUCUGUAUACCAAUGGGGGCUGCAACAGGAGGUGAAAAAUGCUGCGUAUGUGUUGGUGGUAGAUGCAACGAUCCCAGAAAGGUUUGUGGUACAGAUCAUGUGAAUUACCCAAACUAUGCUGCUAUGGUGAUAGCCAUAUGUCAAAACAAUCUAAGAGGAGUUACAGUUAAUUACUACGGAAAAUGCAAAAGUAGAUGUCCAGGUGAAGGUCAGCCAAAACUAUGUCCAGAAUAUCAAACUUGCAACGAUGAGGAAGGAACAGCAAAACCAAAAUGUGAAUGUGAAGAAUGCACAGAAUCGGAUAUAACAAGUGGAAGUGUAUGUUCAAGUACCUUUGUGAUAUAUACGAACUUAUGUAGAUUUAAAGAGAUCGCAUGCAAAAUGGACAGUGAACCUGAAAUUAUUAUCAAUAUGGACUAUUGUGUAGAUCGAAAUGGAGGUAUACCAGUCUCGUUGUGGACAGACUGGUCUCCUUGCAGUGUGUCAUGUGGUAAAGGAACGAUGACGAGAACACGUACAGGUCAUGUGAGUCAAGAUUUCAUCCACAAGUAUCCAUUGUCGGCCGAAGCUGCUUGUUAUGAAGGACCUUGCCCUGGAGAUCCAUGUGAUGGUGAAGUAUAUGAAUCAUGUAAGAACAGGUCAGCUGAAUGUGUCGUUGACGAGAACGGCCUAGCUAAAUGUGAAUGCCCCACUUGCAAGGAUAUAGAAUUGGACGAAGUUUGUGGAUAUUUGAUCAAAGAGGGUGAGGACCCCAAACCAGAAACAUACAUGUCUGCGUGCCAUCUUCAAAAGAAAGCAUGUAACCAAAGACGAGACCAUGUGGUGUACAACCAUGGACCAUGUGACGUUGAACCCGUGGAAUGUGCAAUGGUUCCUGAUGUCAGGCACGCAUUUGAUGAUGAAAAGGAGUACAAGAGUGAGCUAAAAAUAGAUUAUGGCGCCUGUAGUGGGGAAUGUGACGAAGGCAUCGACUAUUGUUGCGAACCACAUCUUGUGAAGAAAACUGUUGUUUUAAGAAAGAUAGGGAAUUCUACAGUACCUGCUAUAGAAUUAGAUGUGGACGUAGUGGAAUCUUGCUCAUGUAAGGAGUUGAUUGGCGGGUAAUGCUUGACCGCUGAUGUAGCAAGAUGCAGUCAAGUAGUGAACAUCCAAGCAGUUUAAUCAUUUAAACAUUACUCUUUAUCUUUCAACUUAGUUUCCGAAGCCUCAUUCACAGAUUUUCUUACUUUAUAUCUAUGAAAACACACCACACUUUAAAUAUUACUUUUAGAAUCCUGUGAUUUAGAGAUCAAGUUACAAAUUUGAUUUGUGGUUAAGUGAUACGCAUGAAAUAUCCAAUGCAUUCAUAAACAAACAUUUAUUUUUUUUAACACAAAUAUUAUAAGACCUUUUAUAGUAUUUUUCUUUUCAUUUAAUAAGCGGAAAUGCUCAAUGCUUGAAAAAAAUUAUCUUCACAACCUCUGUUUAUACUUCUUACUAUAGUUUCAUCAUUUAUGUAGAACAUAGAAUUUUUCCUUGACUAAAAAAAACACAUAUGGUCAAUACAAAUAGAAUUUUUUUUCCUAUAUUAUGCAAUUGUUAAAAAAAUAAACACAACAAAGUGCUUAAAAAUAUCAUAUUGUCAAUUUUUGAAUAAAAAAAAGGAAAAAUGAGAGUUUAUGGGGAUAAAUAAAAAGGAAAAUUGAUCACAAAAUACCAUGGAAACAAGUUUUAAUUUUCAAAACAGGAUCAUACAUGUGUAUUUAUCUAGCAACAGAUUGAUUUGUUCAACUUGAUAACUUGUGGAACAUCUUCUUAACAUAUCUUGCAAAUACUGGAAAAAUAAAAAAGCUUUUAACCCUUUGCAUGAUUGGAAAAAUUGACGUCUGCUAAAAAUGUUGUCUGCAAAAA